AUGGAUGGUUGUGGGGAAGGCAGUGGGACCAACAGAAUGAUGAUGGAGAAGCUAUCCUUGGCCUGUGAUAGACUGCUAUCUCACCUGCAGCUUGCCUGCUGUCCCUCUCACUGUGCCUCGCCACUACAAGGCAAGGACCUGUUGAUACACAGUCUCCUGGACCCAGAGCUGAAGGUCAGUUACAGACAGUCCUAUAAGUUGGAAACGGAUGUUAGCCAAAUGGAUGUUCUGUUUGAUCUCCCAACCCCUCUGGAACACACACACACACACACACACACACACACACACACACACACACACACACACACACACACUUACUCAAGGUCACAUCAGGAGAAGAUGGCAUCUAGGAUUUGAUACUAGCAAAUAUACCCUCCUCAGUAGCUUCCCACCGUUAAAUACAUGCUUCUUUGGCGACUACAUGUACUAAGUAUUUUUUAAACCUCCCGCUUUGGGCUGGAUGUGUCAAUGUGUAGUUCAUGCAUGCAUAAUCUAUGAGCAGAAUUACUGUCUUACCUCAAUUAGCCACGGAAUCCCUAGUUUUAAAGCGACUGUUUACUGGAAGCUGUUCGGCGCCAUUUUCCCUACAUUUUCCCCCAUGUGGUCCAUUCCCCUGGCAAUUCGAGUUCUAGCCAAUGAGCUUCAGUCCCUCGCCAUUUGAGUGACAGCUAGCAAGAUGUACACACAAGAAAGGGGUAGAUAGAGCAAUGACGUGGUGCACAUAUCUGCACAUAUGUGACGUAGUACGCAAUUUUCGGGGACCACUUUUGGCUCGUGAGCACUACUUUCAGAACUACUGGCUAUACAUUAUACAAAAGUACCUGAGAAUCUCUAAGUGUAAAGAAAUCUGGCUCUUCAAUCAUUGCAUCACCUGGCUCCACCACACUCCAAUGCGUCUCCUCCCCUUUGCAGGCACUGCGACUGACUGGUCACCAUGGAGACAUCUCUGCCAUGGUGUUUGGGACAGGUAGAGACCCUCUCCUGCUCUGCUCUGCCUCUGCAGAUUAUGUCAUAGUCUGGGACAUCCGGCUUUGCUACAGGAGAACUAGGGAGGGUGAGGAUUUCUGCUACAUAGCUGUAUGAACAGUAAGAUAACAAUACAUUUAAAUUCAGUGGCCACAUUUUAUAUACUGGUAAGGCCUCAUUUACUCACUCAAUCAAUCAAUCAAUAUAAUCAAUCACUUACUCAGUUUGGAAUUUACAAUGCUAUAUAGUACAAUACUAAAAGCAUAAAUGUUUUCAGGGGUAGUUGCGUCUGGUACAGUUAUUGGGACCCUACUGGGCAAGGUAGUCCAUCUGUCAUUUUGUCCCUGUGAUGAACGAGUGGCUGCAUGCUCAGGGGACAAAGUAUACAUACUCAACUCCAAGGUGAGUACGACAUGCUGUAAGUGUACUCUACCCCUCAAAUUCAUCCCUUAUAACAAGUGUUUGUGUUAUGUUUUUAUAAUUCUUGUAAGACGAUGACAAAGGAAGGGACAAUAAAGUUUUCUUCUCUUCUAUUGCAAACACUGUCUGUUUGACUGACCUCCAGAUAGAGGAUGUGUUGUCUGUGCUGGCUGGCCACCUGGGACCUUUGACAGCAGCUGAGUUCUGUCCAUGGAAUAAAGACAUCCUGGUGUCCAUAUCAGAAGACCGCACAUUUAAGGUGCAGUCAGGUUAUUCACUAACCAGUGAAAUAACUCGGCUUCAGUUUUGGUUUAAGUGGUUUUUUUCAUCCCUUAUCAAAGUAUAUGCUGUAGCUUUCUACGUACAAAUGAUAUGACUAGCUACUAAGUCAGUCAGCUGUAGCUUGCAUAAUUUCACAUGUGUGUGAUUGUGUGUUUAUUGUUCCAAAAGAGACUGUUGUCCAUAGGAGCAGGUUUUAAACGUUUACCAAUUGAUUAUUUCUCUUUUCGAAAGGUUUGGGGAUUAAAAACGGAAGAGAUUCUCUACCAGUCUGCUAUAUUGUCAGGUAUGUGAACAGUGGAUACACCAGUUUACCAUACAUUUGCUCCCGAGUGGCGCAGUGGUCUAAGGCACUGCAUCGCAGUGCUAGCUGUGCCACUAGAGAUCCUGGUUCGAAUCCAGGCUAUGUCGUAGCUGGCCGCGACCGGGAGACCCGUGGGGCGGCGCACAAUUUGCCCAGCGUCGUCCAGGGUAGGGGAGGGAAUGGCCGGCAGGGAUGUAGCUCAGUUGGUAGAGCAUGGCGUUUGCAAUGCCAGGGUUGUGGGUUCGAUUCCCACGGGGGGCCAGUAUGAAAAAUAAAUAAUGUAUGCACUCACUAACUGUACGUCGCUCUGGAUAAGAGCGUCUGCUAAAUGACAAAAAUGUAAUGUAAAUGUAGUAAAUUAUAAAUAAUAUGUAGGAGUUUUAACUCUGUCCACUCCCUCUGUUCUCCAGCAUCUCCAUUACUCAGUGUGUUGUUCUUGGAGAAGAGCAGGCAGCUUGUCACUGGUUCUGCUGAUGGACAGGUUGGUCGCACACACCCACACACACACACACACACACACACACACACACUCAGUAAAUCUGUGAUUUCCCAUUGGUUCCAGGUGUGGAGCUUCACUCUUCCUGAGGACCACAGAUGUCAUUUGGUGACCAAAUUGGACCUUCACAAGGUGCAGCAACGACACCAAAGGCACCUGGACACAGUGGUCCCACAGACUGGUGGUGUAAUAGGUAAUACAAGAUAGUAAAGUAGUUAUGGACAUGAUUUGUUUGUUUCCUGUGAUGCGUUUUAGCCAUAUACCUGUAAGCCAAAGACACAUUUUCAUUUUCACAUAACGUUUAGAACGUGAACUUGAACUUAUUUCCCACUUUUUCUCUCACGUUAUGAGUAUAAGAAAAGAAAAUGUAAACAUGAAAGUGUUUUUCCUAACACUAGAUGGAAUCAGAACACUGAGUUAUGUUCUGUAGGAGGUUUGGGGUUAUACAGUAAUAUGCUGUGUCUGACUGUCCACCCAAUAACUCAAUAGCCAUUUUUGUCAUAUUUCAUAACCCCAAGCUACCUCUUGUGUUUCGUUCCAGGAAUCACUCCGGACCCAGUAGAGACGGCAAAGCCAGUUCUCAGAAUAUGUGCUUAUCACAGGCGACUACCUGACAUUGAUCAUGGGCAGCAGAGGUAAAAUGGGUUUCCAAAUGGGGUUUCUCUGCAUGGUCCAUGUACUGUAGAUAAAAGGGGAUAAUGCAACACAUUUCCUAAUUUAUCACUUGACACAUCACGUGUUCAACCCAUUGUUUGCUUAUCACAGUCUGUUUUAGCAGAUGUUUGAUGCCUUUGUAGUUUAUAUCAGUGUUUUUAAACCUUUUUCGAUUACUGUACCACCAAGUACAUUUUGCUCUGCCCGAACUACCAAUGAAAUACCCCUCAAGUGAAGUACCCCCUCACAUCUGUAGCCAUGAAAUGCUUUGAUAGGCUGGUCAUGGCUCACAUCAACACCAUCAUCCCAGACACCCUGGACCCAGACACCCUGGACGUUCAACACCAUAGUGCAAUCCAAGCUCAUCACUAAGCUAAGGACUCUGGGACUGAACACCUUCCUCUGCAACAACACAUUCGCCACGCUGACCCUCAACACGAGGGCCCCUCAGGGUUGCGUGCUUAGUCCCCUCCUGUACUCCCUGUUAACACACAACUGCAUGGCCGCGCACAACUCCAACACCAUCAUUAAUUUUGCAGAUGAUGAGACAGCCUACAGGGAGGAGGUCAGAGACCUGGCAGUGUGCUGCCAGGACAACAACCUCUAACUCAACAUCAGUAAGAUAAAGGAGCUGAUCGUGGACUACAGGAAACGGCGGGCAGAACACGCCACCAUCCAAAUCGACAGGGCUGUAGUGGAGCAGGUCACUGACAACCUAUCAUGGUCCACACACACCAACACAGUUGUGAAGAGGGCACGACAACGCCUCUUCCCCCUCAGGAGGCUAAAACGAUUUGGAAUGGGCCCUCAGAUUCUUAAAAACUUCUACAGCUGCACCAAUGCUCUACAUAGGGUAGUGCGUACGGUGCAGUACAUCACUGGGGCCGAGCUCCCUGCCAUCCAAGACCUCUAUACCAGGCGGUGUCAGAGGAAAGCCCUAAAAAUUGUCAAAGACUCCAGCCACCCAUAGCCUGUUCUCUCUGCUACCGCAAGGCAAGCGUUACCAAUGCACCAAGUCUGGAACCAACAGGACCUUGAAAAGUUUCUACCCCCAAGCCAUAAGACUGCUAAAUAGUUAGUUUAAUAGUUAACCAAUAACUACCUGGACCAUCUGCAAUGACCAUUGACUCUUUUGUCUCAUCACAUACGCUGCUGUUACUGUUUAUUAUCUAUCCUGUUGCCUAGUCACUUUAUCCCUACCUACAGUUGAAGUCGGAAGUUUACAUACACUUAGGUUGGAAUCAUUAAAACUUGUUUUUCAACCACUCCACACAUUUCUUGUUAACAAACUAUAGUUUUGGCAAGUCGGUUAGGACAUCUAAUUUGUGCAUGACACAAGUAAUUUUUCCAACAAUUGUUUACAGACAGAUUAUUUCACUUAUAAUUCACUGUAUCACAAUUCCAGUGGGUCAGAAGUUUACAUACACUAAGUUGACGGUGCCUUUAAACAGCUUGGAAAAUACCCGAAAAUUAUGUAUUUAGAAGCUUCUGAUAGGCUAACUGACAUCAUUUGAGUCAAUUGGAGGUGUACCUGUGGAUGUAUUUCAAGGCCUACCUUCAAACUCAGUGCCUCUCUGCUUGACAUCAUGGGAAAUUCAAAAGAAAUCAGCCAAGACCUCAGAAAAAAAUUGUAGACCUCCACAAGUCUGGUUCAUCCUUGGGAGCAAUUUCCAAAUGCCUGAAGGUACCACGUUCAUCUGUACAAACAAUAGUACGCAAGUAUAAACACCAUGGGACCACGCAGCUAUCAUACUGCUCAGGAAGGAGAAGCGUUCUGUCUUCUAGAGAUGAACGUACUUUAGUGCGAAAAGUGCAAAUCAAUCCCAGAACAACAGCAAAGGAUCUUGUGAAGAUGCUGGAGGAAACAGGUACAAAAGUAUCUAUAUCCACAGUAAAAUGAGUCCUACAGUGAGGGAAAAAAGUAUUUGAUCCCCUGCUGAUUUUGUACGUUUGCCCACUGACAACGAAAUGAUCAGUCUAUAAUUUUAAUGGUAGGUUUAUUUGAACAGUGAGAGACAGAAUAACAAUAACAGAAUAACAACAAAAACAUCCAGAAAAACACAUGUCAAAAAUGUUAUAAAUUGAUUUGCAUUUUAAUGAGGGAAAUAAGUAUUUGACCCCUCUGCAGAACAUGACUUAGUACUUGGUGGCAAAACCCUUGUUGGCAAUCACAGAGGUCAGACAUUUCUUGUAGUUGGCCACCAGGUUUGCACACAUCUCAGGAGGGAUUUUGUCCCACUCCUCUUUGCAGAUCUUCUCCAAGUCAUUAAGGUUUCGAGGCUGACGUUUGGCAACUCGAACCUUCAGCUCCCUCCACAGAUUUUCUAUGAGAUUAAGGUCUCCAGGACCUUAAUCUGCUUCUUCUUGAGCCACUCCUUUGUUGCCUUGGCUGUGUGUUUUGGGUCAUUGUCAUGCUGGAAUACCCAUCCACGACCCAUUUUCAAUGCCCUGGCUGAGGGAAGGAGGUUCUCACCCAAGAUUUGACGGUACAUGACCCCGUCCAUCGUCCCUUUGAUGCGGUGAAGUUGUCCUGUCCCCUUAGCAGAAAAACAUCCCCAAAGCAUAAUGUUUCCACCUCCAUGUUUGACGGUGGGGAUGGUGUUCUUAGAGUCAUAGGCAGCAUUCCUCCUCCUCCAAACACUGCGAGUUGAGUUGAUGCCAAAGAGCUCGAUUUUGGUCUCAUCUGACCACAACACUUUCACCCAGUUCUCCUCUGAAUCAUUCAGAUGUUCAUUGGCAAACUUCAGACGGGCAUGUAUAUGUGCUUUCUUGAGCAGAGGGACCUUGCGGGCGCUGCAGGAUUUCAAUCCUUCCCGGCGUAGUGUGUAAACCAAUUGUUUUCUUGGUGACUAUGGUCCCAGCUGCCUUGAGAUCAUUGACAAUAUCCUCCCGUGUAGUUCUGGGCUGAUUCCUCACCGUUCUCAUGAUCAUUGCAACUCCACGAGGUGAGAUCUUGCAUGGAGCCCCAGGCCGAGGGAGAUUGACAAUUAUUUUGUGUUUCUUCCAUUUGCGAAUAAUCGCACCAACUGUUGUCACCUUCUCACCAAGCUGCUUGGCGAUGGUCUUGUAGCCCAUUCCAGCCUUGUGUAGGUCUACAAUCUUGUCCCUGACAUCCUUGGAGAGCUCUUUGGUCUUGGCCAUGGUGGAGAGUUUGGAAUCUGAUUGAUUGAUUGCUUCUGUGGACAGGUGUCUUUUAUUCAGGUAACAACCCUUUAAGAGUGUGCUCCUAAUCUCAGCUCGUUACUUGUAUAAAAGACACCUGGGAGCCAGAAAUCUUUCUGAUUGAGAGGGGGUCAAAUACUUAUUGCAAAUACAUUUAUAAAAUUUUUGACAUGCGUUUUUCUGGAUUUUUUUGUUGUUAUUCUGUCUCUCACUGUUCAAAUAAACCUACGAUUAAAAUUAUAGACUGAUCAUUUCUUUGUCAGUGGGUAAACGUACAAAAUCAGCAGGAGAUCAAAUACUUUUUUCCCUCACUGUAUAUCCACAUAACCUGAAAGGCCGCUCAACAAGGAAGAAGCCACUGCUCCAAAACCACCAUAAAAAAGCCAAACUACGGUUUGCAACUGCACAUGGGGACAAAGAUCGUACUUUUUGGAGAAAUGUCCUUUGGUCAUAAUGACCAUCGUUAUGUUUGGAGGAAAAAGGGGUUGGCUUGCAAGCCAAAGAACACCAUCCCAACCAUGAAGCACGGGGUGGCAGCAUCAUGCUGUGGGGGUGCUUUACUGCAGGAGGGACUGGUGCACUUCACAAAAUAGAUGGCAUCAUGAGGAAGGAAAAUUAUGUGGAUAUAUUGAAGCAACAUCUCAAGACAUCAGUCAGGAAGUUAAAGCUUGGUCGCAAAUGGGUCUUCCAAAUGGACAAUGACCUCAAGCAUACUUCCAAAGUUGUGGCAAAAUGGCUUAAGGACAACAAAGUCAAGGUAUUGGAGUGGCCCUCACAAAGCCCUGACCUCAAUCCUAUAGAAAAUUUGUGGGCAGAACUGAAAAAGUGUGUGCGAGCAAGGAGGCCUACAAACCUGACUCAGUUACACCAGGUUCUGUCAGGAGGAAUGGGCCAACAUUCACCCAACUUAUUGUGGGAAGCUUGUGGAAGGCUACCCGAAACAUUUGACCCAAGUUAAACAAUUUAAAGGCAAUGCUACCAAAUACUAAUUGAGUGUAUGUAAACUUCUGACCCACUGGGAAUGUGAUGAAUGAAAUAAAAGCUGAAAUAAAUCAUUCUCUCUACUAUUAUUCUGACAUUUCACAUUCUUAAAAGAAAGUGGUGAUCCUAACUGACCUUAGACAGGACAUUUUUACUAGGAUUAAAUGUCAGGAAUUGUGAAAAACUGAGUUUAAAUGUAUUUGGCUAAGGUGUAUGUAAACUUCCGACUUCAACUGUAUAUAUCUACCCAAUUACCUCAUACCCCUCCACAAUGACUCGGUUCUGGGACCCCGUGUAUAUAGCCAAGUUGUCAUUACUCAUUGUGUAUUUAUUCUUUGUGUUAUUCUUUUUCUAUUAUUUCUAUUUUUUUCUCUCUGCGGUGUUGGGAAGGGCCUGUAAACAUGUCACUGUUAGUCUACACCUGUUGUUUAUGAAGCAUGUGACAAAUACAAUUAGAUUAGACUUUACCAGUAAGCCUAUGGUCUAAUGUGUCUUCUCAAGUACCCCUGUGGAUAGGCCAACCCCUGGUUGAGAACCACUGGUCUAUAUUACAGCCUACUACAUUUACAUUUGACAUUUUAGUCAUUUAGCAGACACUCUUAUCCAGAGCGACUGACAGUUAGUGAGUGCAUACAUUUUUCAUACUGGCCCCCCGUGGGAAUCAAACCCACAACCCUGGCGUUGCAAGCGCCAUGCUCUACCAACUAGGCCUGUAUGUUUCCCCAGGUUAUGUAGAGAGUGCUUGAUUCGUCAUUAUUUCCACAGACUAAGAGAGUUUUGAGUGAUCCAGGAAAAUAUAAUAUCAGAAAUGUAAAUAUAUAACGUCAUCAUUUCCAUUUCUCCAGCCUUGCAGGUGUCACGCUGCCGCAGUGGUCCGGAAACAGUUCCAACCUCAGAUGUCUUUAUUAGUAGUGACUAACGGGGGUGUUAGAGUGGUGUUUCCACAGCGAUAGCAGGACACUUCCUAUUAAAGGCUAGUUGAAGUGGCGUUAACAGUCUCAGGCUGUCCAAUCAGCACCUGUUGCCAUGGUGAAGUACUGUAGACACUAUGCAAAGCCUGGGAAGCACAAGUGGUGCACGUGCAGCGUACUGUCUGUAGGCCACAGGGUGACUGACUGACUACAGUCGUGGUGAAAAGUUUUGAGAAUGACACAAAGUUUGCUGCUUCAGUGUUUUUAGAUAUUUGUGUCAGAUGUUACUAUGGUAUACUGAAGUAUAAUUACAAGCAUUCCAUAAGUGUCAAAUGCUUUUAUUGACAAUUACAUUAAGUUUAUGCAAAGAGUCAAUAUUUGCAGUGUUAACCCUUCUUUUUCAAGACCUCUGCAAUCCGCCCUGGCAUGCUGUCAAUUAACUUCUGGGCCACAUCCUGACUGAUGGCAGCCCAUUCUUGCAUAAUCAAUGCUUGGAGUUUGUCAGAAUUUGUGGGUUUUUGUUUGUCCACCCACCUCUUGAGGAUUGACCACAAGUUCUCAAUGGGAUUAAGGUCUGGGGAGUUUCCUGGCCAUGGACCCAAAAUGUCGAUGUUUUGUUCCCAGAGCCACUUAGUUAUCACUUUUGCCUUAUGGCAAGGUGCUCCAUCAUGCUGGAAAAGGCAUUGUUAUUCACCAAACUGUUCUUGGAUGGUUGGGAGAAGUUGCUCUCGGAGGAUGUGUUGGUACCAUUCUUUAUUCAUGGCUGUUUUCUUAGGCAAAAUUGUGAGUGAGCCCACUCCUUUGGCUGAGAAGCAACCCCACACAUGAAUGGUCUCAGGAUGCUAUACUGUUGGCAUGACACAGGACUGAUGGUAGCGCUCACCUUGUCUUCUCCGGACAAGCUUUUUUCCGGAUGCCCCAAACAAUCGGAAAGGGGAUUCAUCAGAGAAAAUGACUUUACCCCAGUCCUCAACAGUCCAAUCCAUGUACCUUUUGCAGAAUAUCAGUCUGUCCCUGAUGUUUUUCCUGGAGAGAAGUGGCUUCCUCGCUGCCCUUCUUAACACCAGGCCAUCCUCCAAAAGACUUUGCCUCACUGUGCGUGCAGAUGCACUCACACCUGCUUGCUGCCAUUCCUGAGCAAGCUCUGCACUGGUGGUGCCCCGAUCCCGCAGCUGAAUCAACUUUAGGAGAUGGUCCUGGCGCUUGCUGGACUUUCUUGGGCGACCUGAAGCCUUCUUCACAACAAUUGAACCUCUCUCCUUGAAGUUCUUGAUGAUCCGAUAAAUGGUUGAUUUAGGUGCAAUCUUACUAGCAGCAAUAUCCUUGCCUGUAAAGCCCUUUUUGUGCAAAGCAAUGAUGACGGCACGUCUUUCCUUGCAGGUAACCAUGGUUAACAGAGGAAGAACAAUGAUUUCAAACACCACCCUCAUUUUAAAGCUUCCAGUCUGUUAUUCUAACUCAAUCAGCAUGACAGAGUGAUCUCUAGCCUUGUCCUUGUCAACACUCUCACCUGUGUUAACGAGAGAAUCACUGACAUGAUGUUAGCUGGUCCUUUUGUGGCAGGGCUGAAAUGCAGUGGAAAUGUUUUUGGGGGAUUAAGUUCAUUUUCAUGGCAAAGAGGGACUUUGCAAUGAAUUGCAAUUCAUCUGAUCACUCUUCAUAACAUUCUGGAGUAUAUGCAAAUUGCCAUCAUAAAAACUGAGGCAGCAGACUUUGUGAAAAUUAAUAUUUGUGUCAUUCUCAAAACUUUUGACCACGACUGUAGUAUAGUAUAGAACGGUCAGGACUCUCAUGGUCUCUGACUUUGAUAUGUCCAUCACAAGGAAUCUUAUAGGCAUCAAAGCUAUGCGGUGUGCCACAACAGAAGCCUGGUCCCAAAUCUGUUUGUGCUCUAUAGCCAACUCAUGUCAGUAUACAUAACCAUCUGUACAGCUAACUCAUGAAGGCAAGACAAUGACCAUAGGAGGUGACAAGGCAGCACAAACAAAUCUGAGACGAGGCUACCACAUCAGUAUAUGAAAAUAAAUGUUUUAGCAGUUAUAGAGACACAACUUGUAUCACAGACUUCUAGGCCUAUCAAUCAUGGUUUGUUAUUUCCAACUAAAGUACAACAUUUUCCUCCGUUUAUUUGCCAAGUCAAGGCAAGGAUUUCACAACUUAACCUAAACAGUGGACUAUGUACCAACAUGUUGGUUAAUAGCUUGUAUGUAAGCAUUUCACUGUAAUGUCUACACCUGUUGUAUUCGGCGCAUGUGGCAAAUACAAUUUGAUUUGAUAUGUUGGACAUGAUCGUUGAUGGUUGAAGGGCCUCCUCUCCCUCUUUCUGUCUCCUCUCCUCUGCCACCCUGUUUUAUUUAUUCUACAGCGUGAGAUGGCUUUAGUUCCCUGGAUUGUCUUGUCCUCUUUAGUGUGGGGUUACAUUGUCUUCUCCUCUUUAGUGUGGGGUUACAUUGUCUUCUCCUCUUUAGUGUGGGGAUACAUUGUCUUGUCCUCUUUAGUGUGGGGUUACAUUGUCUUCUCCUCUUUAGUGUGGGGUUACAUUGUCUUCUCCUCUUUAGUGUGGGGAUACAUUGUCUUGUCCUCUUUAGUGUGGGGUUACAUUGUAUUUUCCUCUCCUCUUUAGUGUGGGGUUACAUUGUCUUCUCCUCUUUAGUGUGGGGUUACAUUGUCUUGUCCUCUUUAGUGUGGGGUUACAUUGUCUUUUCCUCUCCUCUUUAGUGUGGGGUUACAUUGUCUUUUCCUCUCCUCUUUAGUGUGGGGUUACAUUGUCUUGUCCUCUUUAGUGUGGGGUUACAUUGUCUUGUCCUCUUUAGUGUGGGGAUACAUUGUCUUUUCCUCUUUAGUGUGGGGAUACAUUGUCUUCUCCUCUUUGGUGUGGGGAUACAUAGUCUUGGCCUCUUUGGUGUGGGGUUACAUUGUCUUGUCCUCUUUGGUGUGGGGAUACAUUGUCUUGUCCUCUUUAGUGUGGGGAUACAUUGUCUUGUCCUCUUUAGUGUGGGGAUACAUUGUCUUGUGCUCUUUAGUGUGGGGUUACAUUGUCUUGUCCUCUUUGGUGUGGGGAUACAUUGUCUUGUCCUCUUUGGUGUGGGGAUACAUUGUCUUGUGCUCUUUAGUGUGGGGUUACAUAGUCUUGUCCUCUUUGGUGUGGGGAUACAUUGUCUUGUCCUCUUUGGUGUGGGGAUACAUUGUCUUGUGCUCUUUAGUGUGGGGUUACAUUGUCUUGUCCUCUUUGGUGUGGGGAUACAUUGUCUUGUCCUCUUUAGUGUGGGUUACAUUGUCUUGUCCUCUUUGGUGUGGGGAUACAUUGUCUUGUGCUCUUUAGUGUGGGGUUACAUUGUCUUGUGCUCUUUGGUGUGGGGAUACAUUGUCUUGUGCUCUUUAGUGUGGGGUUACAUUGUCUGGUCCUCUUUGGUGUGGGGAUACAUUGUCUUCUCCUCUCAAAUCUACUGAAACAAAGGCCCUUUGAAGGAGUAGUAUGCAACAGCGUUUUCCACAUGGUUCUGUUCCUGUGCCCCCCCUGUUGUGUGUGUGUGUGUGUGUGUGUGUGUGUGUGUUUGCUCGUGUUUGUGUAUAUAACAGUGUUUUUCCAUAUGGCAUAAGGUUCUCUCUCUAUGCCCCCUGUAGCGAUAACAGCUGGGUGUGGAUGGGAAGCUCUGAUGGCCUGUACCUGGUUGACCUGGGCACCUCUGAGCUCCAAAUGACUCUACUUUUCAGAGGUAUCCUACUGCCCUCUUUGUGUGUGUGUGUGUGUGUGUUUGUGUGGAAGAGCGCUCCCUGA